AUAAGAUUCAAUGGAACUCUGGGCACCCCUUCUAUAUAUCGUGGCAGCCCGUCUCCAGAAAUCAACGCCGCUUGGGAUAGGAUGUCUCUUAAUGCGCGUCCAGUUCGUAUGACGCUUGAGCAAUUGCUCAGGACUGGGGAGAAACCUUCUCCCGCCAUGACUAGGUAUCCGGAUGAAUACGGUGGAGGUUACAUGGCAAUUGUAGAAGUCAUUCACCAGCUCCAUUGUAUAGACAUGCUUCGCAGAGUCAGCUGGGGUACACUGUUUCCUCUCCAGCCCACAUCCUGCUUACUAAUAUGUUAUACCUCAAACCAAUAUUGCAUCGAAAUGCUCAGGCAGAAUAUUAUGUGUCGUGGCGAUGUGGCGAUGCUAACUUACGACUGGGUGGAGGGACUCGAAAAUCCUUUUCCUAACUUCAACGUUCCUCACCAAUGCAGAAACUUUGAGAAGGUCUUGAAUUGGGUUGAUGAGCAUCGUGUUUUUAUCCCUAAAUCUAAGGUGGUCCGCUUGGAGGAUAACGUGGGCCUGUCUUCCCCUCCUUGA